AUAAAUUUAAUUUUUCUUGGAUGCAGGUAGAUUUUGAGAGAGAAGAAGGCGAGAUGUUGGAAAAAAGAUGUGGAAUUACAGAGGGAAACGCAGCAGGCAAGCUGAGUGAAGUGUGAAAGAGAAGGGCCAAAUUUGACUGGCCAAAAGGCAUUGCAGAAAAUGAAAGCAUUUACGGCCUCACCCAAUGGCAACUUGGCAAGUCAAGCACUCACACAAAGUCUCUCCCCCUCUCUCCCUCUCUCCCCGCUCUUCCAAGUCUUCCUCUAUGUCUCUCCCCCUUUGAAAAAAUGGGCAUUCCUUGUUUGACCCGUUUAGCGCUUCUCUUUAAUUCCACCAAUGAAUUCCAAGAAUCCCAGCUGCUGCAGUUCUCACUCAUUUCUCAUUGUCCUUUACUUUCCAUCUCCUAGUUGUUUUACCCAAUUUUUAUUUUAAACUUUCAUCUGGGUCCAUUCAGACUUGGUCUUGCUUUUUCUGUUGCCUUUUGGGUCUUCCCUUGGUCGUCUUCUUCAAAUUUCCGUGAAACCAGUGAUGUUCCUCGCUGAGGAUUCAACAACCCUUUUGCGGGUUUCUCUGUGUUUCUCAGUUUGAGCUCUUGACGUAUCAGUUGAGGGUGAAUUGAACCUUUAAUCCGUUUCAGGUGUGGUGUUGCUGGUCUGGUUGAUGUUUAAUCUCUAGUUUUCCUAUUGUUUUGGAUGGGUUCGUUCAUGAACAUGGCUCCUGGUAGCAGAGGUCUUACAGUUGCUAUUGCUAUCAUACUCUGUUUGUUAUGGAGUAGUAGUUUGAGCUAUGCCACUGAGAGCGAUCUUUAUUGCUUGAAAGGCAUAAAAAAAUCAUUGGACGACCCUUAUCGCUACUUGAACUCUUCAUGGGAUUUUAACAACAAAACAGAAGGUUUCAUCUGUAGGUUUACUGGGAUUGAAUGUUGGCACCCUGAUGAGAACAGGGUUUUGAAUAUCAAGCUUGCAGAUAUGGGACUAAAGGGUCAGUUUCCACGUGCUAUCAAGAAUUGCACAAGCCUGACAGGCUUGGAUCUUUCCAGUAAUGAUCUUUAUGGAUCUAUUCCUAGUGAUAUAAAUGAUAUUAUAAAAUUCAUGACUAUGCUAGAUCUGUCAUCUAACAAUUUCUCUGGACCGAUACCCUUGAGUCUCUCUAAUUGUUCCUAUCUGAAUGUACUAAAACUUGACAACAACCAGUUGUCAGGUAAUAUUCCUUUGGAGCUUGGCCUGCUCAAUCGGAUGAAAACAUUUAGCGUAGCCAACAAUCUAUUGACUGGGCCAGUCCCGCAAUUUGCCAGUGUUAAUGUGACAGCAGACAGUUAUGCAAAUAAUCCAGGACUAUGUGGGUAUGCUUCAAAUCCAUGUCAGGCGCCUGGUAAGAAAAUGCAUGCUGGAAUUAUUGCUGGAGCAGCAAUGGGUGCAGUGACUAUUUCAGCUUUAGUAGUUGGUCUUGGUUUGUCUUUCUAUUACCGCAAUGUGUCUGUGAAGAGGAAGAAGGAAGAAGACCCAGAAGGAAAUAAAUGGGCAAGGAGUAUAAAGGGAACCAAAGGCAUCAAGGUUUCCAUGUUUGAGAAGUCAAUUUCCAAAAUGAGGUUAAGCGAUCUCAUGAAAGCUACCAACAACUUCAGCAAAGACAACAUCAUUGGGUCAGGAAGAACGGGGACCAUGUACAAGGCAGUGCUUGAAGAUGGCACUUCACUCAUGGUUAAGAGGCUGCAAGAUUCUCAACACUCAGAGAAAGAAUUUAUGUCUGAAAUGGCUACUCUAGGGAGUGUGAAACAUCGUAACUUGGUUCCCCUUCUAGGUUUCUGUGUGGCAAAGAAGGAGAGGCUUUUGGUUUAUAGGAACAUGCCGAAUGGUAACCUCCAUGAUCAGCUACACCCCAUGGAUGGUGGCGAUAAAACUUUGGAGUGGCCUUUGAGGCUUAAAAUUGGGAUAGGAGCAGCUAGAGCAUUUGCAUGGCUCCAUCAUAACUGCAAUCCUCGUAUCCUUCACCGGAAUAUAAGCUCCAAAUGCAUCUUAUUGGAUGCAGAUUUUGAGCCCAAAAUAUCUGAUUUUGGACUUGCUAGGCUCAUGAACCCAAUUGAUACACAUUUGAGCACCUUUGUGAAUGGAGAAUUUGGGGAUUUGGGUUAUGUUGCUCCGGAGUAUACAAGAACUCUGGUGGCCACUCCAAAGGGGGAUGUUUACAGUUUUGGGACAGUUCUUCUUGAGUUGGUGACUGGUGAGAGGCCUAUCCAUGUGGCUAAAGCACCUGAAGAUUUUAAGGGAAAUCUAGUGGAAUGGAUCACGCAGCUGUCAAGCAACAAUAAACUCCAUGAUGCCAUUGAUGAAUCUUUGGUUGGGAAGGGUUUUGAUAGCGAGCUUUUCCAAUUUCUUAAAGUUGCAUGUACUUGUGUAUUGCCAGAGCCCAAGGAGAGACCUACCAUGUUUGAACUGUUCCAAUUUCUAAGAGCUAUUGGGGAGCGAUACAAUUUCACAGUCGAUGAUGACAUUGGGGCACCAUCAGACACUGGUGGUGAAGAUAAUAUGGAUGAACUUAUUGUUGCUCGAGAAGGAGAUGAGAAAUAUUGAAAAGCAGUGGACGUGCAAGGUAUAGUAAUGAACAGAGCCAUAUUCUAAAAUGUAAUUAUCUGUUGUUGUGGUUGUUCAAAUAGAUACUUAUGCCCCAUAUAUCUUUUUAACAUAUCAGUUAGUGAUAUUAAAUUUUCUGUAAUGGAAGAUUGCUUUUGUUUCUUUGAUUUACUAUAGCAGUUCAAGCAUUUAUUCCUAAGCCCUUAACAUGGGUGUUUCACUC